UGUCGUUGGACGUUGGACGUAACGCAGCAAAGUUCCGGUGAUUCGGUGAGUGUGCUCUUUUCAAACAUGGAGAGGUUAUUUGUUUGAAAUAAUAUGUGGGAUUUAGGAUAUCGGAGUAUCGCCGCGUUAGCAAGUGUGUUGAGUGGGUGUGUGUUUCUGUACAACGUUUGGGGGCCGAUUCUCGUUCUGACGAUUCUGCUUUGCCUCACUGUUUACGCGUGCUAUUCUUUGAUCGUAAACGACAGCUCAUUGUCGCCGCACGCGUCUUUUCUUUUCGAUUAUUGUGUGCACGUCGCUCUUGAAGUUCGUACACAUUUCGAGACUAUCGUCGAACAAAUUUAUCGGUGGUCACGUACAUUUUGGGAGACCGCGAAACGUCGUUUUAUCGAGGUGUACCUAACCAAAAUCGGGAUGGAAAGACGUCGUGGAACACAUUACCAACUCAGCACCGAUCCAUAUCCUACUAGAAGGAACUCGUCCAAGUUCGAUCCUAUAGCUCAACUCAGUCCGAUUUCAAGAAACGUACACGAAUCAAAUAUGAACGAAAUGGUUCGAUCUAAUUCGUCGUAUGCCCGCAAUUCUCUAACCAAGCUUGCUAGCACGCCGCUAGUAUUCUCACAAAACAAGGAGGAGUUUGAGAAUCAAUUGUCCGAGGAAACUUCAUCCCAAAGAGUAUCCUCCGUAUAUUCUCAGUAUGAUAAUUCAGUACAGGGGGAAGAAGCGUCGUAUUAUCCUUUGGAAGGAUCUCCAUGGGGUACUACUAUUAGUCCAAAAGCCCGUGCAACAACGAACAAGUCGUCUCUGUCGCCGAGCACACCUUUAUCUUCUAGCAGGUGUAACAUCGAUGCAAGAGUUUAUCGUGACGUAACUUCUCCAGGACUCGCAACUAGACUAACAAAGUAUGCCGCGGAAGCGAGCAACAGAUUGAAUCGUCAGUCCCAGUAUCACGUGGGGCAGAGUCCUAAAAUAAAUCUUCAGAGCAGUCCUGUUCCGUUGAUAAACGCGAAAUGCGUGAAAACAAGAACACCGGUGAUUGUCAGAGUAGCUCCGCCGGAUACCGUUUGUUAUUCACCGCCUGGAAAACACAAAAUAUUGUCGAAUUUAUGCGACGUGGACGACGGUCUUGGAUCGGGAAGUAUCCCCUAUGGACUCAAAGAGACGUCGUUGAAGAGACACGCCGAGAGAGAGGACGUUGCUUUCGAUUUGGCAAAAAAGCAACGCACAGGCGGCAUUUCCGUGAACGAAAUCGAGACGCAGGACGAAACCAAACAGAAAAGAGGUAGAGAUGAGUCCUCGAAGUCGGAAGAAGACAUCUCGCCUCAAAACAAAACCGUUAGACCAGCGAAACGGACAAAGACACCGUCUUGCUAUGAUAUCUUAAAUUCGUUUAGUUCCAGUAAAAACGUAGCUUCCGGGAUCAAAAGAAAGGCCAGAGAUCUUUCGCGAUGCGGAACGCCCGACUUUGAAAAGCAUUUCAAGUCGCUGGAAUCUGUGGCGAAUUUCAGCGCGCAAACGUUAGCAGAGGCACAAAACACGAACGUCAAAUACCGUGAACACAACGAAUCAAUGGAAAAUGUACAACCGAAAGGCCGGAACAUUUUGGAUCGUGUAGAGGGAAAACUGUCUCCUUUGAAGGGAAUUUUAAAGCCUAGCUCAAGGUCUUUAGAAAAGGAUUCCCGCGAUAAAGAGAAACGGUAUAGCGGAGAAGCCCGACCCGCAGUGACGGUUCAAGGAACGGUCGUCUCGGUAGAAUCGGCUAAAUUGGCCAAUAAAUUGUUCAUGAGAGCGGAACCGGAGAGAAAUGAAAAACUGAGAAUGCUCGUUGAGGAGCAGGGCAACAUUAGAGCGAAAUUCACUACGGACGACGUGGAAGAGAUCAAGAAAGAGGAUAUAGCCGACAUGAGACAGACAAGCAUGAAGGCAAGACUUCAAAGUAUGUUCGACGCGAUAUCCGGCAAAGCGACAAGUAAAAUUAACCCGGACGUUGUAAUUCAGGCGGAAGAAGUAAACACCGUGAAGUCCGCACCGUGUCAAGCAAGUUGCGUCACUUUGAAUUCUUCAACGACUACAACGAACGCGAAUACUACACCUAUCUCUACGUCAGCCAUCGUUCCAAGUUCUGGAAUCAAAUCGCCGAAACACGUGGCUUUCGAGCUCCCAAGCAACAAGGAGGCGGUGUCGGAUUCGAAUGCGUCGACUGGCAAUGUUGCCGAAAGAAAAAUCGAAAACGUUCCAGUUUCAAAUCCUACUUCGGUACUAGCUGGCUCAUCCGGAAUCGUGUUUACGAAUACUUCUGGAAACACGAUCCUUCCAUCUGCCACGGCUAAUUUGAACUCGACCACGGGACAUCCCGAGGUUCGGAGUUUCAACCCCGGCGUGGCUACGACGACGAACAACUUUGUUCCGUCGACCGCAACUACUUCGAUGGCUGCCCGGGUGACACCCACGGCGAAUCUGAUCAGAGGUACAACCAGUGUUACGUUCUCCUCUUCGAGUGUUCCAGCGAGUACGACUUCCGUGCUUGCUAAAGCUAAAACGAGCGGCUCGCAAGCGCCAGAGAAAGUUUCGCCGAUGUCGAACACUAUGCCCGGAACCAGCAACAACGCCGCGUUUUCGAUGACGCAUCCGAGUGCGUGGAGCGGAGCGUCGACUUCAGGUUCCAACGCGGGAAACAAGGAACAAAACAUACCCAUAUCCAGUAUAUCAACACCCAGAAUAUCCCCGAUCGCACCUACUACCAUAGCAUCGACUACCAUGGCAGCACCGACUUCGUUGUUCAGCUUUGGAAGUAAAGACAGUGCCGCGAAGACCGAAGCUGGUUUCGUAUUUGGCUCGAGUUUCGGUGGAAACAGCUCUAUCUCUGUUUCCUCCUCCGCCACCGCAUCCGCCUCUGCCUCCGUCUCCGUUGCCGCCGCCGCCGCCGCCGCCGCCGCCUCCACCUCCGCUAUCGUUCCUAUCUCCAAUCCUGCGCCUGUUCUGCAGAGCAAUCAAGGUGUUUGCGAUACAACAAAGUCCGAAGCAAUCUCUAUCGAAUCUAAUACGAAUCAAGCGAUAUCACGGUCCAAUGUUGCAACGACUGUCGGUGGACCGACAUCGGCGUUUGAUUUGUCGUCGAACGUGAAAACUGCAGCAUCCCCGUUCGAAUUGACCAAACUUCCAAACUUCUGCUUCGGAGCCAGUUCCCCUGGCGCACCCGGUAACAGCAACAAACCAGGAUUUUCUUUCGGCAACGUAACAACGACGACCGUCGCGACCAACGUAUCGACGGGAACAUCGAACGCGACGCUAUUCGGUGGCGUCAAUAAUAACUCGAGCAAAUCAACGUUUGGAAAUUCGACGAACAAUAGCAACGUCGGCAGCAGCAGUUCGCAAUUCAAUGCGAACGCCGCUUCGAUAUUUGGGAAUAUAACCACGACAUCGGUUGGAUCGGUGUUCGGAACAAUGCCCGGUCAAGCGAUAUUCGGUGCUUCGACCGCUAACGCAACAACCGCGGCCGUGAACGCGGACGUGGCCGCAACGAGUACCGCAAGUACCUCCACCCGAUCUCUGUUCGGCUCGAACUCGGCCACAACUUCCACCGAUCCUACGCCAAUAUUUUCGAACAAACCGGCGUCUGGAGCAUCCUUGGGAAUGCCGAACUCGAGUUCCGCUUCGAUCUUUGGCUCCGUUGCGAAAGCAUCCACUUCCGGAGGGACCGGAGCGACCGGAGCGAGUGGCAACGUCUUCUCCAAUACGAGUCCAACGUCCGCUUUUGGAACACCGAGCAACAUCUUUGGUCAAACGAAAUCUCUGGCGGACAACUUGAAAAGUACAACGGGAACGUUCUCGAGUACCUCGACGCCCGUGUUUGGAUCGCCAUCGAUUACCGUGGCCACAUUUAGUAGUCCCGCGUCUAUUUCGAGCAACGCGACUCCGUCGAUUUUCGGUUCCGUGAUCGUUUCCAGGAGUGCAACGGAACCCUCGUUCGCCGCUACAUACGCCGCAUCCCCUGUCUUUGGAUCUCAAAACAACGUCGCUUCUAAAGGGCAAAAUACCGCAUCUCAUACCUUCGGCGGUGGAACCAGCAUAUUCGGCACAGAACCAACCACGACCGCAUCCGCAAUCACACCCGCUUCUGUAUCCGCAUCUUCGAAUACGUCCGCAGCUCCCGUAUUCGGAUCAGCUAUCACCUUGGCCACGCCCGCUCCCGCAGCAACAUCCACUUCGGUUCCUUCUUCCAUCGUUAUUUCCAGCGUUAUUUCCACCAGCGCAUCCAAUGCGUUCGCAGGACAAAAUACAACAUUCGGCGCAUCCGCUAACGCUUCUGGGACGACUCUUGGUUCGAGCGUUGCUUUCAGCCAGAACAAGGCGCCGGCAUUUGGUCAAGCCUCUUCUCCGUUUGCCACGCCGAACGUGUCCACGACCGUGUUUGGAUCCGGAAAUGCGAGCAACGCGAACAACAACGCCGCCAGUGUGUUCACUUUUGGGGCGAAUUCGAACCAAAAAUCGCCGCAGCAGCCAGUCGCCAGCUUCGCCUUUAAUAGCAGCGGUAAUAACUCGAACAACAACAACAACAACAAUAACAAUAACAACAACAACGCCGCCGCUUCGUCCUCCUCACCGUUUCAGUUCAACGCGUCCACUCCGAAACAAGGGACCACAGGCUUCAACUUCUCUGCUCCAUCGGCGACGCCAACCAUCAACUUUGGAACAACGAGUACACCGACAUUCAACGCGUUGAUGCCUGGCAUGUUCAGCAUCGGAAGCGGCUCCACCGCCCCAAGAUCCAGAAGCGUUCGGACCAGAAAGCCGAGAUGAUGAAGAAUGUGAAUCUGUUUGUCGAGGAUUCGAGAAGCAACUCGACUCGGCUCCGUUCCGUUCUUUCUUGUUCGCUUCGCUCCAUCUGUAUUUCCAACGAUACCAAGGAUUUACCAGAGUCUACGCGUAGAGUGCCGCGUAGUUCCAAACGGAACCACUUGCUCGUUCAACGACUGGUUGUCGUUUCAAAAUACAUUUUUCGUUACCGUUCAAAUCUAUCCAGUUUACACGGACGUGCACGUCCAAACGAUUCUUUUGAUUCGCAUUUUUGUUUUACAUUCUGCUCCGCACAACCCGCGUGAUCGAACAGUGAGCCACACGUACGGUAUGACACACACUACGUACGUGGAUUUAUCUGGUAUUUUAGAUAAUUUUUUCAUUUAACGUUUAUCGUUCGUCGAUCGAAAGCAAUGUUCAUUUUUAACCUUUAAUUGUUCACAAACGGACGAAUCAUGACAAAUUUUCUGUUUGCGAUUGUUAGCGCGAUUUUUAACGUCUCAUCGAUCGAUUCCGUACUUGUAGAAUGUAAUAAAAUAUCGCCAAUGAAAUCGGUGUAGUCAACGAUGGACAUCGGUCGAGCAACAAGCGUAAUUUUAACGCCGACGAAAUUCUUACAUUUUAUUACCCGGCGUCGCGGUCCCCUCGCGUUCGUAUUCGGACUUACUCCGUCGAAAUGUCCAGAUAUAACGACGUAACGACGUAACGACGUUCCCCAGACGAUAGCAGCAAAUAGAACAGCUGCUUUGUGUUUCUCAACAGCGAACGAACGAGAUUUUCCGGUCGAUCGAAGAUUAUUGUAAAAGAUAUGCACACACACACACACACACACACACACACACACACACAGUUAUUUUCUUCUACGCUUCAACGAGGCAGAUGUAUUUUCGAGUUAUUGUACAGUUUAAGAAACGUCGGAAAUACGAACGUUGACGCUUUUCGAGUAAAGUUUCGUUUUACGUUUA